GAGCUGGAUGACAUGAUGCUGCAAAGUCCGCUCACCUCCACGCCGUUUUCUGUCAAGGAUAUCCUCAAGCUGGAGCAGCAACAGCAGCAGCAGCAGCAGUCCGGGUCCCUGGAGCUCCAGCACCGGGCCCAUACCCAGCAGCAGCUCACUGGGUCUCCUCCCCACCAGCAGCAGCAUUUCCAAACACCGCCCUCCUGCAUGCUCGCAGGAGCCCGGGACAGCCCUUCCUUCUCGGACGGAGAGGACAACCUGGCCUAUCUCAGCGCGCUGGCGGUACGGGAGGAGGACCGAGGGGAGACCAGCCUGUCCCCGGACAUGUACGUCCAUCCCGGCCUGCAGGGAGCCAAGCUGGAGGCCGCCGAGCUGGAGGAGCAGAAGAGCAAGAGCUGUGGGUUGGUGUCCCGGGAUGAGGCAUCAGAGAGCGGGCAGGGCGACUCGGAGCGGCCGGUGCAGAAGCAGAGGAGCCGGCGGAGACCCCGGGUGCUCUUCUCCCAGGCGCAGGUCUUCGAGCUGGAGCGGCGUUUCAAGCAGCAGCGCUACCUGUCCGCGCCGGAGCGGGAGCACCUGGCGACGACCCUCAAACUCACCUCGAACCAGGUGAAGAUCUGGUUCCAGAACCGCCGCUACAAGUGCAAACGGCAGCGGCAGGACAAGUCUCUGGAGGCGGCGGGGCAGCACCACCCUCCGCCGCCCCGGCGCGUCGCGGUGCCGGUGCUGGUCCGAGACGGCAAGCCGUGUCUGGGGGGUGCGCAGAGCUACGCCGCCGCUGCCCCAUACGGAUCCAACCCGUACAGUUAUAACGGAUACCAGGCGUACACAUACAACAGCCCCGCUUACAACUCCAACUACAGCUGCACGUACACCAGCCUGCCUGCCCUCCCUCCGUCCAGCACCUCGAACGCCUUCAUGAACAUGAACUUGGGGAAUGUGAGCGGCCUCGGCGGCUCCCCACAGGCCCAAACACAUCAAGGGACAGCGGUCACAUCCUGCCAGGGCUCCCUGCAGGGGAUCCGGGCCUGGUAG